CAAAGAUGGGAACCUCUCAGGAACACAUAGUGAUGUUACCUUUCAUGGCACAAGGCCAUCUCAUCCCUUUCUUGGCUCUAGCAAAACAUAUCCAUCAAAGAACAGGCUUCACAAUCACCAUAGCCAACACACCUCUCAACAUCAACUACCUCCACUCCACCAUCUCCAAAGACCCAUCAACACCCUCACUCUCACAAUCCAAAUUCCGUCUGGUCUCACUUCCCUUCAACAGCUCCGACCACGGCUUGCCACCGGACACCGAGAACACGGAUGCCUUGUCCUUGCAUCAAAUAAUCACUUUUUGUCAAGCCUCGUUGGCCCUCGAAGCGCCUGUCCGACAACUCGUCUCCGACAUAGCUGAAAAAGAAGGCAGGCCUCCACUUUGCAUUGUGUCUGAUGUUGUGUUUGGAUGGGCUAAUGAGGUUGCGAACAGCGUCGGGACUGUCAAUGUUUGUUUUAGCACCGGUGGCGCAUACGGCACUGCGGCCUAUGUUUCUCUGUGGCAGAACCUCCCGCAUCGGUUAACCGAAGCUGCUGAGUUUCAUUUACCGGGUUUUACUGAAUCUUGUCGUUUUCAUCGAUCCCAACUUCAUCCGUUCCUGAGAGCUGCUGAUGGUACUGAUGCAUGGUCUCGGUUUUUUCAGCCACAACUCGGGCUUUCUUUACGCUCUUUUGGGUGGUUGUGUAAUACAGUUGAGGAAAUUGAGCCUUUGGGUUUAGACAUUCUUAGGAAGUAUUUAAAACUUCCUGUUUGGACAAUUGGUCCUCUUCUUCCUCAGUCCAAGCUCAACUCAAAUGUCUCUCACCAACGCACAGGUAGAGAACUCGGAAUAUCUCCUGAGGAAUGUCUCGAGUGGCUUAACUUUCAUGAAGAACACUCUGUUCUUUACAUUUCUUUUGGGUCCCAGAACACAAUUUAUGCAACCCAAAUGAUGGAGUUAGCUAAGGGCUUGGAAGAUAGUGGCACAGCAUUCAUAUGGGUGGUUAGGCCUCCUAUUGGUUUUGACUUGAAAGGUGAAUUCAGAGCUGAAUGGUUGCCGGAAGGGUUCGAAGAACGAGUGUCCCGGAGCAGACAGGGUUUGGUGGUGCACAAAUGGGCCCCUCAGUUGGAGAUUUUGUCACACAAAUCGACUGGGGUUUUUCUCAGCCACUGCGGAUGGAACUCGGUGUUGGAGAGCUUGAGCCAAGGCGUGCCGAUGAUAGGAUGGCCAUUGGGGGCCGAGCAGGCCUACAAUUCUAAGAUGCUGGUGGAGGGUAUGGGCGUGUGUGUGGAGCUGAGUAGAGGAGUGCAGAGUAGUAUAAUGAAGGAGGAGGUGAAGAAAGUGAUAGAAACAGUGAUGGACAAGAAGGGGAGAGGAGAGGAAAUGAAGAAAAAGGCAGUUGAAAUUAAAGAGUUGAUAAAAGCAGCAGUGAGAGAAGAGGAAGGUCAUAAGGGGUCUUCUCUUCAAGCAAUGGAUGAUUUUAUAGCUACCCUUCUCUCUCAGAGAGAGGGACUCUCAUUUGGUUGAAAACUAGAUUAAUUUUGUCCUUCACUUGGGACCAUUUGUUUUUGUUUCAUCCUGAUCAUCUUAUGAGUGAAUGUAAUUUAGUAAAAAGGAUUUUUUUUAAAAAACUUUUUAUCAACUUUAGUACUGCACGUUAUAAUAGUUGUUUGUUAAUAUGGUA